AUGUGGCAUCUGUUAACGGUCGACGGUCAACAAGGGGCGCGAAACGUGUUCGAGGCCUACGCGUUACCAUUGCGUUAAGAAUCUAAACCUUCGGAGAUUUAAGAUUUGAUUCCCGGAAAUUCGGGGGGGAUUUAUGAUAAGACAACCAUGAAUCCGCCGUCGAAUACACCAUUUCUUAUCAACUCUGUGUGCGCUGUAGAUGUCUACCGGCGCAUGGUGUAUGGGGAAGCCUUUGACCGAAAGUGACGAAAACUCAGACGUGUGUAAUUACAGCGGUGUGGUGACAAAUGGCUUUGGUAUCUUGUACUUGCGAUAAGACGUCCCUCUCGGUUGUCUUCAGGGUGAGAAUGCGCAGUACGGUACGCCGAAAAUGUCGCCGAUGAAUUCGACGUUAGUUUCCGAUUUGAAGUCUAGGGACAAGUGCAAGUUGUCUACUCGCGAGCCGAAGUUAGUGACGCUGUAGAUUCGAAAUGCUACCUGCAUUGAGUGCCAUCUUUAUGCUUACUCUAAGUUAUGCGAAUGGAUUUGCAACGUUACCGACAGAGCUGGAUCGUCCACAGCGAUGCCAUCUCGAGCGGACGUACAAAAUGAUCGGCUACAAUUGUGCCAACCUGAACCUGAAGGAGAUCCCGCAGCAGCUAAAGUCUAAUCUCGAGAUAUUGGAUCUUAGCUUCAAUCGUAUCCGGGAUUUGAGCCGCUCUUCGUUUUCCCGCUACACCGCCAUAAAGUAUUUGUAUCUGUUCGAGAACAUGAUACAGAACAUUGACGAAGGCGCCUUCAGCGAUCUGACGAAUCUGGAGGCAUUGGAUCUUUCAUACAACGCCAUGAAAACCAUACCGUUGGAGAUAUUUCAGCUACCGGUUCUGCGAAACCUAUACGUCGGUCACAAUGCAUUGCUCGAGCUGGAAAGUGAUUUGACGAAGCUACAUAAACCAAUCAAGGCCCCACUGCAGAUCCUCGGCCUGCCUGAUUGCCGUCUACAACGCUUGCCAGACUUUGGAAUUCUGCCCGAUCUGUGGCAGCUCAACAUUUCAUCCAAUGCAAUGCAAGACCUGGCGCUGGAGCAGUUCUCGCCAAUGUGUAAUCUAAAGUCGGUCGAUCUCAACAACACCCAAAUUCCGACCUGUCUGUGUCAGAUAGUAACGGCGGAGCUGGUCCAACGGGGGACGAAAGUGAUGCACCCCCCAUUGCACUGCAUACCACUAACGAUUCAAGAGCAAGACCAAUGCAAAGCGCUAGUGACCUCCGAACUGGACGACGAUAAAGAGGUCCAUUUUCAUCAGUGUAUGGAUGUGCGGAACUCGCGCCAGCUGGAUACUGAAGCCAAGACGGCGUGGAUGAAGAUUUCGGCAGCCGUUCUCGGGUGUAUCGUUCUGUUCGCGCUCAUACUGUACUGUUUCCACAGGAGAAACGUGAAACGAUUGAAAAGCGAGGGCCGGGCGCAAAAGAAAUCCAAGACAAACGGCAUCAAUCGGGUGAUGGUUCCUCAAGCAGCACAGCAGAACCCACCAGAAGGCCUACCUGUGGAACAGGCGAAGAGUGAUAGAUUGUUGAGCGAUUGUGAUUAGGGUAGGCGAUAGUGAUUAGCUGAUAAGAGUUGCGUUUGCGAGCCCCGGAAAAGGGGUUUUUAAUUGAGCGCACAUAGGCAUUUCAGAAGACUAACCGUUAGACUGCUAAGGAAGUUUGCUAGUUGUUAGUAGCAAUUGUAAAUAUGUUAUUGUUCGUUAAAAAUAGUCACUAGCACCUGACGAAUGACCAACGUUGCCAUGAGAAAACUGUAGUAUGUUAAGAUACAGCGCAUGGAAUAGAAAUAAACAAUGCCUCUGGCUUUAAGAAGUAUAUUGCUUGUGGAU